GCCGCCCGCGUGACUCAGGGCUCCCGCCCUCCGACCGACUGAGAAGGAAGAGAGGGGAGGGGGCGCGAGGGACGGAAAGCGCUGGGGGAGAGGGAGGGGGGCGGUGUAAGGGUGAGUGAUUUCCUUCCGGCACGUCGCCCGCUCCGGGGGAGGGGGUGGGGGGUUUCACUUCCGGGACGGUGUUCCGGCCCAUUCCGGCCCAUUUCCACCCCCGGAGUAGGGUUGAAUGCCUGCCUACACCCUCAGGCACGACCAUGGAGAAAGGUGGGAACAUACAACUGGAGAUCCCUGACUUCAGCAACUCUGUCCUGAGCCAUCUAAACCAGCUGCGCAUGCAGGGACGCCUCUGUGAUAUUGUGGUCAACGUGCAAGGACAAGCUUUUCGGGCUCACAAAGUGGUCCUGGCUGCCAGCUCACCCUAUUUCCGGGAUCACAUGUCCUUGAAUGAGAUGAGUACUGUCUCCAUUUCAGUCAUCAAGAACCCCACUGUUUUUGAACAGCUCCUGUCUUUCUGUUACACGGGGCGGAUAUGCCUGCAACUGGCAGAUAUCAUCAGCUACCUGACGGCUGCCAGUUUUCUGCAGAUGCAGCAUAUUAUCGACAAAUGUACACAGAUCCUGGAGGGUAUUCAUUUCAAAAUUAACGUGGCGGAAGUUGAAGCCGAGUUAAGUCAAACGAGGACAAAGCAUCCAGAAAGACCUCCAGAAUCGCACAGGGUCACACCAAAUCUAAACCGUUCCCUUAGCCCUCGGCAUAACACCUCAAAGGGAAACCGGCGAGGCCAGGUAAGCGCUGUGUUGGAUAUCAGGGAGCUCAGUCCUCCCGAGGAGUCCACCAGCCCCCAGAUAAUUGAACAGAGCUCUGAUGUCGAGAGCCGGGAGCCCAUUCUUCGAAUCAACCGAGCAGGACAGUGGUACGUGGAGACAGGAGUAGCAGACCGAGGGGCCCGCAGUGAUGAUGAAGUCAGGGUCCUUGGAGCCGUACACAUCAAAACUGAGAAUCUGGAGGAGUGGCUCGGGCCUGAGAAUCAGCCUUCCGGAGAAGAUGGGAGUAGUGCAGAGGAAGUCACAGCCAUGGUGAUUGACACCACAGGCCACGGUUCUGUGGGACAGGAAAAUUACCCUUUAGCAUCUUCAGGAGCCAAGGUGGCUCGGCCAACAAGCAGUGAAAUUGACAGAUUUAGCCCCUCCGGCAGUGUUGUUCCCUUGACGGAGAGACACAGAGCCAGAAGUGAGUCUCCUGGGAGAACGGAUGAGCCUAAGCAGCCCAGCUCCCAGGUGGAGGAGUCUGCAAUGAUGGGAGUAAGUGGCUAUGUGGAGUAUCUCCGGGAGCAAGAAGUAUCUGAGCGGUGGUUCCGGUACAACCCCCGUCUCACCUGCAUCUACUGCGCCAAAUCUUUCAACCAGAAGGGGAGCCUGGACCGCCACAUGCGCCUGCACAUGGGUAUCACACCAUUUGUCUGCCGCAUGUGUGGCAAGAAGUAUACCCGGAAAGAUCAGCUGGAGUAUCACAUCCGCAAGCACACAGGUAACAAACCCUUCCACUGUCACGUUUGUGGCAAAAGCUUCCCCUUCCAGGCCAUCUUGAAUCAGCACUUUCGCAAAAACCACCCUGGCUGUAUACCCCUGGAGGGGCCUCAUAGCAUCUCCCCUGAAACAACUGUCACGUCUCGAGGACAAGCUGAGGAAGAGUCACCUUCUCAAGAAGAGACAGUUGCUCCUGGGGAAACUGCCCAGGGCUCUGUGUCCACCACUGGGCCAGAUUGAAACUUUGAGGGGGAGGGGGCAGACCCUCUUCCCCUUUGGGCCGUCAGCAGCCAGCAUCAGGGCCCUGGGCUGGUACUUAGAUUUACAAAAUGCCACAUCACUAGAUCGGAAGAUGCGCCCAAGAUGUUGCCAAACUAGAGGAUGAGCAACAUACACAGAAGCACUAGAGGCUCUUCCCCUCCUCCUUCCCACCUCAUCCUUUGGAAAAUAAUCAAGCAAAUCAACUUUCUAAUUCAGGGAUCAACAGCCUUGGUUUGUUAACUUUAUAAGAAAAAAUUUUUUUAACAAAACAAUGAUAAAUGGUCAUUUAUCUACCAGUCAUGUUUGAACACUGUACUUUGGUCCAUAUCAUCCUGGUGGCUAUAAUUGCCCGGAUCUGAAAAAACAGCAGGAGCCUUGGUCAUCUGAACCAGCCAGCCACAGGAGAGAAGGAAGUAGUCGGGACGGCACCAGGGAGGAGGCGUCUCUCCUCUUCCCUCCCUGCCGGAACAUGCAGUUUCACAUUUGAAGAGAAAAAAAAAAAAAAAAAAAAGGUAUCCUGGUGGUUCUUAACUGCUUUGAAAGGUUAGACCUUACCUUCGCUCUGAUUAGGCAUCUGAUACUUUGCCUGAUUGCUUCCUGUAAGCCACCAUCUUGGAGCGGUGUUGUCGUGGGCAGCGUCACCUGAAGCACUUUAGGCAACUGGAAGUGAAAUGAGCAGCAGAGUGUUCGCCGUAGGUUCUGCUACAUUUGGGGGCUUGAGUGUCCCACUGAGGAAGAGGGGAGCAGGGAAGGAAGUGGGGUUUUUGUGCGAAUAUCAAAUGGUGCAGAGCACUGCCACUUCCUGGUCGGGAUUUGUACCCCGUAGUGCUUAAAUAUCUUUGGGUGUUAAGAAAUGGCUCUAGUCCAGAUGAAUUAAUGUGUUAGGCUGAGUACCAAAGUUUCAUCCAGUCUCUGUGGCUCCUCCUUUCACAUAACAGCAAUAUUAUACAUCAAAAAGUGUCACUUUCCAGUGAAAUGAGCCUGGACUGUAUUUUUAAAUCUACAGGUCUCCAUAUUUGAUAACUUUUAUAUGAAGUUUUAAACACAUUUUUUCUGCAAUAGUGUGGUUGAAGAAAUUCAACACUAUGGUUCUUACAGCAACCACAAUUCCAUUUCCUUCUACACAUGCAAAAGUUUAUAUUUUCAAGCCAAUAGAAGAACCUCACUAAAUCCAUGUCUUGCGUCUGCAAACCUAGUAAUUCAUAAACCCAUCAUCAGCAAAUUGCUGGUGACUCCAAGAGCUUUGCUUUUUAAUAAUACACUACAGGGCAUUCACCAGAAAACAUCAUGCACAAUCACGUUGCAAUAAAUUGAUCAAAGGAUCAGUUUUGAUCAGGUUUGGUUACUUAAUCAUUCCUAAGAUUUUUAAAACUUCAAGGGACCUUUUUGGUAAUUCUGGGGAUUUCUGAGAUUCCUAAUCCAGCACUGAGAGUCAGAAAAAAUUUACCAAACAUGUAGAGUUUUAGAUUCCCUGUCUCGCAUUCAGAGAACGGAGGAGGAUUAGUAAGGGGUGCAGGCAAGGAGAUGCUUACAGUGCAAAUAGAAAAGAGAAAAACCCAUAGCGUAUCCUAAUGGAUCAUUAGUGUUUUAAGAGUAUUUAAAUAUGCAGUGGUUUGAGUUAUUUUGGUGCAGAGGCAUAGAUGAUUGUAAAAGAGAUCCGGGGCAAGGCUGGUCAUGCCUGCACCGGUGAGCCAUCUGUGAGAACGUUAGUAGCGUGCUCCCUUUCUGAGAAUGCUCUGUGGUAUGUGGAAAGGUGGGUGGAAAAGAAUGGCAUUUCUUUGAUGACAGGAAGUUAGAGUGCAAAGAGUAGCUCCUGAGCAAUCUGCGAAUUGUACGUACACACAAAGCUGCACCGUGUCCCCAGAGAGUGGUUAUUUUCCCUUCUGGAAGAACGUGGAAAUGCUUCUUGUAAUAGGAAUGUAAUGAUGCUACCAUGUGAUAAGAGCCUACCCUUACACAAUCCGGUGAAGCGGUCUUUUGUCUUUCGGAGACCUAGACUGGAGCAUUCUCCUCUUUAGCUGGGCAACAGCAUGAUAGGGCCAUCUUAGGGACCAGCUAUGCUCUGUGGCAUAGAAGAGGAUUUGAAAUUAGCCUAAAAUCUGUAGGGAAACCUUUUAGCUGGUCAUCUAGGCUGUCCGUGGACAGAUUUUGCCAUUACUGAAUAGGCAGGCAUGUGAGAAGGACAGAAUACGCUGCUGUCGAUGGAGCUUUCAAGCCUACCAAAAAAAUGUUAAGUCCAUCCUACUUGUGAGAAGUAGUAUGCUGGAAAGUUCUUUAUGCUUUGUUAGUUUCUUAGAUUUUUCUGUGAGGAAAUAGAGCUUUUUUAAACUGUUACCAAAUUGUAAAGGCGAAGUGCAGUCAUCUUUGUCAAGAGAGACUUUGCAGCAUUUGUACUCCAAGUACUCCAGCCAGAGGAUUAGCAACUGACCUUUUAAAUGAAGUCGGGGCUGUUUAGUAGAUGUGGAAAUGCUGUGAGUGUUUCGUGGGUUCACCUCCCUUCCCAUUCAUUUGUCAUAGGUUUCUGCUGUAUUGAUACUGUGAAUAGAGUGCUACCAGGUCUUCCGGGACCACAGCAGCACAGUCAUGUUUGCUGGUUCUCACCUCUUAACUGGCUUAGCCCAGAGCCAUGAAAUUCGUGAACGUUCAAGCCAGGCUAGCUUUUAAACAAAUAAAAGUUUCUGAAAGCAAUUUCCAUGUUAGCCAGAAAAGAUAUUAUUAUUCUAAAUAACUAUCCAAGAUUCUUAUUCAGGUUCACUGUGACAUUGUCCUAGUCCUUAGCUAACAUCACUGUAGGGUCAUAGGGUUAGUAGUGUUCUAUCUACAUUAAGGAAUAGCUGUAUUGGUGUGUGCACAGAGGAUACCUCUCUUAGGGACGUACUAAAUGGACUAUAGCUAAUGCCGAAAAUUCAUUACCAAAUCUUAACUUGCACAUGUCACCUUGUGAAGGGAACUGCAUUAGCAGUCAGAGCUAAAUCAUUAUUAAGUACUUAAAUGCCAUGAAAUAGCAAACACUGGGACCAUUUUCAUUCAUUGAGUGGCACUUAAUAGCAAAGGAGCUACCCAGUAUUGUCAGCAAAAGAAGAGAGAUGGCAGUAUAUUAAUCUGUUUUCAUUCUAAAAGGUACCUUUUAUUCUCUCUGAAUUCUGAUACCAGUAUCUCGAUGUAGCAUUGGCACGAACAGGAACACUGUUCUUGGGCAGAAAGGCUCUUUCUAAUGACUUGUUCUCUCUUUACUCAGAACCAUAUUUACCUCUGAACCGAGCUGAGUUUUAUUUUACGUAAUUUGUCAACUACCCCCAUGCCAUCAUUGUACCAGACAGUCAAAUCGAAUCUUGAAUAAGUGAAAAUAAAGGAUAAGGAUUGGAAAAAAAAGGGAGAUAGCAGUUGAGGAAAGUUUUCUUGUUACUUUGUUUUUUGGUAUUUUUACAUGUUUCCAGUUCCCUCUUUAUCAGUGAAACAGAGUUUCCAAAGAUGUUAUGACAAUAGAAAUAAACCAAUUUCCUCCCACCUUCGUAGUAGAAAUCUGGCCUUAGAUGGAAGUUGGUCUGAUGGAAGAGUGAAAUCGUGAGCCCCAUUCUUAGCCAAGUAGUCUCUGGUCAAGAAAUACUUUUAAAAAUUUCUAGCUGUUACUUUAAAUAGUUAAAAGCUAUUUCUUUUAACUAGUAAAAAUUUUAUUUUGUUUGACUAGAAGAUCUAAUUUAAAGAAAUAAAAACAACGGGUAAUGGAAAGAAAAUUAAAUUGAACAAAGACAGCCAGUCUUCUUAAUUGUAGUGGAAGGCAUUUAAUCAGGAAAGGGUUGGAAUCCUGGAAGUUUUUCUCUCUUUAGAUCCAACAGACAGGUGUGUUUUGUUUUGUUUUGUUUUUCCUCUUCCUCAGAUGCUCUUCUCAUCUACUUACUGGUUUAAGGCAUAACAGAGAGGUCUUUAUUGAACUUGUCUUUGAAAACAGGGCUCUUUACCUUUGCCAUUUGGGAAGGGUGCACAACACAGAAGUACUUUAGUUGCUGAGAUUUAGAAAUGGGACACAAAGCUAUUAAGUCAGGUAAACCCUUGGGUUCGAGAGGAUGCCCCUUAGCAAAGUACAUCCCGAGAAUUUAUGAAUCAGAUCAGGGUUCAGCAGACUGAGGCCCCCAGGGCCCAAUCCUGAGGCCAUCUGUUUGUCUAGAGAAAGCAAUGGUGGAAUGGGGACACACCUGUUCUUCAGGUAUUGGUUCUACUGUGAUGGCAAGGUCGAGUGCUUUGUGACUCAGAUCACAUGACCAGCAAAGCCUGAAGAUGUACUGUUUGUCACUUGACAGAAAAGUUUGCCAACUGCAGAAUUAGAUUUGAAACAGUGACCCCCAAAAUUGGCACUUCUGCCAUUUUGUCUUUAUAAUAGUUUGGUUGAGCUUUUAAAUUCGUGUUGCCAUGUAUGCAUCAGUUUCUUGAAAGAGCUUGCCAACUUUUUCCAGAUCUUUGUCUUGUAACCCUCUCUGUGUUCCUUUUUAAUGAUACCCAUUGCUUUAAAAGCAUUUGGAAUAGCCUUAUGAUCUGUCCUUGCCUUGAAGGUGCAGGUGGAUUAAAGUUUAGGAUGGUAGUUACAGAUGUAACAAAGUAAUUUAAAAAAUAAUUCCCGUGCAUAAUAAUGUAGGAUUAAAUGAGUACCAUGUUUACAUAAAAUACUGUAAGAAAAAAAGUUAAUGUUUUUAUAAGUAAGUUUUGCCAUUCCUCUGAGAUCACUUGAACUGAUUUGCAUAAUAAUGGCAAGAAUGAAUUUUUUCCCAUUAGUUUUAAAAAUUAACUUCUGUUAUGAAUAAGUGGUUUGAUUCUUAACCUAAAAUACUGUCUUUCUAGAUUAGAAACCUCUACCCUUUCUCUGUACUACAAACCUUCAUUUUCAUUUCCUCAAACUCACUCUGUUCAAUGUGGAGUAGUAAAAAGCCAAAUCUCCUUCCCUUCCUUUAUUUUUUUUCCCCUCAAUGAAUGUUUUAAAAUAUGAUGAAAUCCCUGAGGAUUUCAAAUUGCUCUUAGACCCAUCUUGCAAUUUCUGUUACUAUCAUUUUUCUAAAUAUGUACUGGGCCAUUAUUUAUUUGCUCUCUGAAUGUUCAUUCUUACUGUUCAAAUAGCUUAUUUAUGCCAGAUGUGCAAAACAUGGAAGAUGUUGGGAUGAAUAUAAACAGAAUUCCUUAUAAGAGGAGAAUAUAAUUGUUCCCUGUAUGGAAACCAUGCAUAGACUUCUGAGUUAAAUUUCUUAAGACAAAAUGUUCUAGGCCAUGCUGACACAAUGUAGUGAAUUUGAUUCGUCCUUUGUUGUCAGCUCAACCAACGCAUACCAAGUUCAGAUGACCUAACCUCCAGUAGGGCACCUCUCUACUAGGCAUUUUGUUCCUAAAGUUCCUUUUUUCUGAGUUGGACAUUAGUAAGUAUUAUGUGUAUGAUAUGCCCGAGGAGUAAUAGACAACCCUGAAACUGUAAAGUUCCAGAAUAGGUUAGAACUCCCUUGUCUUAGAGCACUUAGAGUAAUACAGCGUUCUUGACAUUGUGGAGUGUUGCUUUUCUGAUUAAUCUGGGAUAUAGAACUUGUGAAAGCAAUUGAAUUUAGAGAGCCCAGUGAACCAUCUGCCUCCAGCUCCACGUGAGUUCUAGGGAAUAGUUGUCAUUUCUGUGUGAAAGCAUUGAAAACAAUGUUGUGUGCCCAGCAUGUGGGCAGGGCAUUAUGACUUCUUUGUUAAUUACCAGUCUUAUGUUUUGCCUUCUUUGCUUUCUGGAGUUUCUCUGUUUUUAGUCUUCUCCUUUUUAGGUAGUGCUUUUCCCAGGACCAGUCUUUACUUUGCAGUAAGUGGGUCUUCUUGCCCAGGACAAGCCAAAGUUGGAUAUUAUGAGUCCUUUAAAACACCUGACUGACUUACAUUCCAAAGGAUGUAAUUACUGACAACAGCAGUGGUCUCCAAAUCUGGAAGAUAUCUGCAGACUCUCCAGUUUUCUUGUGUAGGCAGACUUCCUUCUCCCUCAGCUGGGAGGAACAGCAGUGACUUAAAAGGCAGUCAUUACGUGAAAUGUGUAGUUUCUUCACAGAGUACGUGUAGUGUCUUCACAGAGUACAUACGUGAAUAAAUUUCUUCUCUCGCAUCUUCCUCAUUAUCUGUAUCACAAGUACUUCCCAUCUUCAUGCAGUUGAGAAGGGCCGGCUCACUCAAAGAGUGGAAGCUUUAAACAACAGAGCUGAGUUAUAAAGGCAGAGCAAUUCUUGAAAAAUAAAACUUUCCUAAUGCUUGCUUCUUCAUGUCUACUCAGUAAGUCCUGUUGAGGAGGCUAGAAUUCACCAUCCAGUGAAGGGAGCUAUAUGUGCGGCAUCUGUGUGGACAACAGCACAAUUUAAUAAACUGUGAAUCUUCGAACCUGAAUUAAUCCCUAAUGCCAAAAGUCCGAGUUUCUCGUGGAAAAAUAUUUCCUAUUCUGUGAAAUCACUUGUGUGAUAAGUAGUAUGCAGGAGACUCUGUUCUAUAAAGUAAAUAUUAAGUACUUUUUAGUACCAGACCAUGUGCUUGGAAUUUAUAUAACAAAAUGGAUUUUAGACAUAGUUUAGCUGUGGCUUCCUAUAUUGAGAGUCCUGAAUCCUCUUGGCUAGAGUCUGGAUAUAUCUCUUUUAUUCACCACAGAGAUCAAAGAGAAGGGGACAGACUCUACUGUCCUAAGUGCUUUAGUGGCAUAAUCACAGUUAAUCCUCAGAAUAAGCCUGUGAGGUGAUAACAGUAGAACUAAAAAUAGUUGAGUUUUUCUGAAUGCUUACUACGUGCCAGGCACGGAUCCGUGUGUCUCACAUCAGCUAACUCACCCAGUCCUUACGGCAGUCUCGUCAGAGCGACACUGUUACUCUCCUUGCUUUAGGGAGGGAGAAACUGAGGCACAGAGAAGUUUGACCCAGGCAGUCUGACACUAGAGUUGACACUGUACUAGACUAUGUUGGCUUUAAACGGUGUAAUUCUACGACGUUUUAUAGAUGAAGAAACUUGAGGAGCCCGGGGUUACACAAUGAAUAAACCGCAGACCCAAUAGUUUCUCAUCUGAUUCCAAAGCCCAGACUCCCUCCACUACAUCCUAUUGACUCUGUUUACUUACAACAAGUUGGGGUGAACUGGAAGAAACAAUAGCGAGUAACUACUGCUUUCAGUGAAUUUUUAACUCAAGAAAGCAUGCUUGGAAGAUUUCUUCAGAAGAUAAAGUCUCUGAGCAGAUGUUGGAUGGGGGAUAUUUUCUGGGGGUAUUGCUCAUUGACUCAGGAGUCACCCAUUUGGUAGGGACAGUUGUGAAUCAGUUCAAGUUGCCACCAAGGCAAAAACUGAAAGAUAGCAUUCCUGUAUACCUGGCUUUGUAACAAACUGCCCUAAACUACAGUGACUUAAAAUAACAACUUUAUAUGUCUUAUGUUAUGAAUCAGAAUUCAGGAAGGGCUCAUCUAGACAAUUCUCUGGUUCCCUGUGGUGAUGACUGGGGUCACCUGGGUAUUUAGUAGGUGGCUGGGCUGGUCUCCAGUGUCCACACCGAUCUCACAGGCCUGAUGCCUUAUGGGAUGGCUAGAAGAUGGGGCUCAGCAGGCCUCUUCUCCCUGCCUGGAGUCUCAGGGACCUUUCCAUGUGGUCUCUCCAUCAGGGCAGUCCAAGACUUACUAAAUGGCAGCUCAGGCCUCCCAAGAGGCUGGGCAGAAGGUGCCAGGCCUCCUGAGUCCAGGCUCAGAGGUGGCUCCCAUAGGGUCACUGCCAUACACUGUUGGUCAGAGGAGUCACUGGUCAGCUCAGAUCAAGGGGGGAGGAAAUACCUUACCAUUUGAUGGCAUGUGUGUCAAGGAUUUGGGACCACUUUAAUCUGUCGUAGGUACCAUUAGGUUAUUGAUUUCUCUGGACUUCUCUGUUGGGUUAGUUGUUUGUGCCGUAGAAACCACUUAGGAUGUCUAUCUUGGGUCAGUCAAGGAGCUAGAAGGAGAAUGAGACAAGUACUCAGAACAGGCUUCAUUAGCUACACACCCACUGAGUUUCAUUUAUCUAACAGCAGAAUUUCCAUUUUGUUCUUAUUUUGUUCCAAGUUCUAAGUUGUGACCAUUUGCUGGUUGUUGUUGUUUUUCUGUGAAGCUACAGUAACUGUACAUAACUGAGCCAGAAACACUCCAGAGGGAGUAAAAAGCUUGCUGUUAGAGAUGUCAGCUGUAUUUAAGUUUACAAAUAGGCCCAAAUGCCUGUGGUAUGGAAAAGUCAUAUGGCUACUAAAUCUCUUUCUGUUGAGUGGCUGCAUGGAUCAUGUUCUUGAGAUCAUUGAAAGCUUCACCCACACGUCCUCAACCCACCUUAACUGCCGCCGCGCCGCCUCGGGCGCGGGUCUGUGCUGGGAGAUGAAUAAGCUCAUCCCGUUUCCCAUCACCUUUCAUGUGGGAAAAUUCAUUGCUCAAUUUAAUCUGUUGUUAGUCCUUUAAAAUUAGCAGUUGCUGUCAACCUGUCAUCUAAAGGAACAGAUCACUGAACUGUGAGGAUUUUUGUCAUUUAGGGUACUUUAUUUAAACUCCUGCUGCCUUGUGCUAGUUCAGACUAUUGCUGUGACAGAAGAAAUAUGGGUAGAUAAAAAAUUCUGCUCUAAAAAGGAUCACCCCUCCCCCAAAUCAGUAUGCUUUGUAAGAGAAGAAAGAUUUGGGAUUAUCUAUCCAUUCCGUGGGCAGUGGGUUUCUGGAGAAUUAGUGGUGAGGGCUUCUUGCUGGUCAUCCCCAGGUAUCAGAGAGUAAAGAGGUCUCUGUUCCUGAGCCCAGGCCUCAGGAAUUGCAAAUACAGGAAAAGGUACUCAGGGCCGAUGGCUUAAUAUAGGGCUCUACAAAAUGCUGGGAAAGGAAAAAGACUUCGGCAUUUGUAGUUGGAUUGCCAGGGAUGAAAUGUUUGAGGUAAUUAAGCAUCAGGAUUAGAUUUUGUCAUAUAAGGAUUGGGGUAAAUUCCAAUGGAUUAAAAACAAACGAGCCUUAACAUUUUCAUUUUGACCCACAUUUCCACUCUGAUGUACCUCAAAGUAUGCUUUCUGUGACAGAGAAGCCUUUUAAAAAUACUUUCCCAGGGAAUGAAAAAAAUCUUACAGUGGUCUAUGGAGAAGUCUCUCAUUCCAUGGGGGACAGCUCUUUGUGUCUUCCUCCAGAUUCUCUGUGAUGCUUAAGUUUGAAAUCCUCUGCUGGUGGCAUGAGAAUGAAGUACUGUGGUCUUGCUUUGCAGAAGUGAACAGAGUCAGAGGAAAGGACACCUGUAGACCGAGAUCAUACUGAGUCUUUCAGCAUCUCAGGCUGGUCUCAGCAUUCUGCGGGAAUAGAAAUUCCUUAGGGUUUAGAUUUCUGCUCUUAGCUAUGUCUUAAAGCAGAUGUUCAUGACAUAUUUAAAGAUGAUCUACUGAGUUUCCUCUAAAGCAAUGGAGUCCUCACUGUAGUGGUUGUCUACAAACCAGUGCAGAAACAGAAUUACAACACAGGGAACAAAGCUUAAAGGGUGUUUCCUCUGGAAGCCGAGACGCUCAAGCAGGGGUCACUGAGAGUGUGGCUGAAUUCUCCAUCUAGAACAGCUAUCAGUGAGAUAGCAGAGAUAUUUAGGAUUUAUAUGGUAUUUCUAAUAUUUUUUAAAAAAUGAUUUUAAAUCAUGUAACUUGAAGUUUUAAAAAAUGAGCCUGUUUUCUUUUUGGAAAACUGGCCCAAUAAAAAUAACACUAAUAGAACUCAAUCGUAUAUGCAUGUGCAUUGAACACAGAGUGGUAUACUAAAGAUAGUUCAUGCAAAUAACUUUUGUGGGAAGUUUGGCUAUUUUCGUAGUAUCUUUUUUCAUAAAUGUAUGUUUAUAAAUAUAUUUACUCAUCCACUAUGACCUUGGUAGCGUUAGAAGCAUUUGUUAGCUGUAUCAUUGAUUCUGAAAAAUCUGAUUUUUGGCAUAGUAGACUAUGAGAGCUUUUUGUUGCUUUGUGUUUUGGCUAAGAAAAUUAUUUCUUGCACUUUCUAUUUAUAAAGAUGUUAUAACACAUUGCACCCACUUAAUGUAGCUGUUGUUUAGAGACAAAAAAAAAAAAAAAAUGUAGGUGUUAAAGUGAAGUGUAUGUUUAAAAAGCCUGGCCUAAAGAGGGACCUCAAAAUAACAAACUUGGCUUGCAUCUCCCUGAGAAGAGCUGGGGUUGGAUAUCAAAUUUAGAGUAAAAGGAGCAGUUGGGGUGGGCAUACUUUUGCUGCAAGUUGCAAUUUUCUUGCGAGUUGCCGUGAUGUGUAUGUGAUUGUGUGUGUGUGUGUGUGUGAGAGAGAGAGAGAGAGAGAGAGAAACAGGUGUCUGAUGAAGGCAUAUAAGUCAGUGUAGAAUAGUCUACCUCCCAUUAAAGACUGAGCAUAUUGCAAGAUUGCCCUAUAGCCCUUUGGGCAGGAAGCUGCGUUCCUCAGCCACUGUCCACCUCGUCCCCUGUUAUACUCGCUUCAGCUCCUCUACCUCUGAGCACUUGGCUGAAGAAAGAGUGUGCUUUUUGUAGCAAAGCGAAGGAAAAGCCGGACACACAGUCUAGAGGCUGCAGUAGCACAGUUCUCAUGGUCAUGUGCCGAUACUGGUACUUAGCUCCAGUGUCCGGAUCCAACGCUGUCAGAAUCCUUUGGUUUAGUGCUUUUAUCUGCUGGCUUCUGAUUGGCCAGAGUGGCAGUGCAUGUGGAAUCUUUCUGGUUUUUUGUUUUGGUUUGGUUUUUUGUUUUUAUUUUUGUUUUUUUGUAAAGAUGCACCAAACUCCUUUUAAUGAUAUGAACAUUUUGUUUGAAUCCUGAGCUGUGUUUUUCGUUCAUUGCCAUUGAUGGUCCAUUCCUGAGGGACCCGAUGGUUAACCAUACUUGCCCAAUGAUGAGCCUUUUGCCAAUAUCUUGACACAGAGGGGUGCGUGACAUGGGGUUUUGGAUCACUUGUUUGACUUUUAGCCACUGCAAAGAGUCCUGUUUUUAAUGCCUCUGCUGUUAACAGUAGUCAAGAUGGCCUCACCUGGAUGCUGCGGGUGUCAGGAAACUGGGUUUCAGUAAUUGUCACUAGUCACACCACCUGACCUUGAAAUCCGGCUGUGAUGCUCACCUGUCUUACCGCGUGGGGCACUAGUACACUGAGCCAUGUUGGGUUACCUGCAUUUGGAACACAUGUUCUAGCUUUGGAAGGACUCUUGGCCCUUUCAUGGAUCUGUGGCGCUUUCCACCUUUUCAUUCGAAGGCACUGGUGGCUGAUGGUAACGGGCGUUCUCGGGUUAGGAGCGAGAACGAGAGGGUGAUCUGUUUUCAGACGUGCAGAGGCUGGCCUCUGUGUUUAGGUACUGGCUGAUAAGUAUUUGCUUUCCUGGUGACUGGGAAAGGCAAGCAAUGAUACAGUGUGAAAUUCCAAAUAAUGAGAUGGUCAUUAGUCCUCGGUGACCAACGAUCUAGUGGUCUGCCUGAACACAGCAUGAGUUCUGGAGGGAGAUGAGGCAGGAAACCAUGUGAGUCUACUCACCACAACUAUUGUUUCUCUUCCUUUCUUUUCUGCAUGUGUGCCUGUGUGUGUGUGUGUGUGUGUGUGUGUGUGUGUGUGUAUUAAAGAAAGCACAGGGACAGGACCGGUGGGCAGAAAGAGCUGUCCAGCUAUUGAGAUUCUAACUGUAGAAUAAUUGUCAGCCUGUAAGCCAUGCUCAUAUCCUAGACUCAGGAAUUAACGCCUGCUUAGGAAUCCUCCUCCCUCUGGCUUAUCUUUUUGGGCCAAGUCUGUUCUAGGCGCGUGCCCAGCUGUUUUGCUGUAACAUAUACUUUAAGUGCAAACUUACCUAAAUAUGAAAUGUACUGUUGGCAGUGUGACCUGUUACAGCCAAAGUGAUUUAUUUAAAAACAAAACAAAAAGUGAGAGAUGCCUAGGUCAUGUCUUUGGGGCACGUAUUAAAUCUAUGAAUCUGAGAGGAAGCAUGGAGUCUUACCUUUCUUCCCUCUGACUUGAGGGAACACUGGCCUGCAUGCUUCUUCUUACUGAGCCAGUUGGCCUAAGCCAGUAGUUUUCCAUCCUGGCUGCACAUUAGCAUCACCUGGGGCGUGUACACAAUGUCCCCCCACCCCGCCCCGCUGGCCCUCAUGUUGAAUUGGUCUGCUGUGCAGCUUGGACUUUAAAGCUCCCCAGAUGAUUCUAGUGGGCAGCCAAAGUUGAGAAUCACUGGCCCGGUAAUCUUGAGUGGUCUUCAGCAGGAUAACCUCAAUCCUGUUUUGUUUUGUUUUGUUUUGUUUUUGUCAUAUUGGUAUCCCAGCAUGACUCUGAGUUUAAAGUUGGCCAAGGCUCAGGUGGUAAAAUGGAUCAUCCAUUUGUCCUCAAAGUAGUUCUGGAGAGAGAUGUUGCCUUCCAUCCAGUUUGGUCUCCAUACCAAAUACCAGGUGUGCGUAGGUAAGCAAAACAGAUUUUCAAAGUCAGGUCUCUAGAAUCCUCUUUCCUUUGCAUAUGUGAUUUGAGUGGAGAUUUCUCAACUGUGCUAGCUAACAUAGAGCACUUGAACUUAUUAAAAGGGCCAAGCCCAGCCCACCUAGGAUGAUUUCUAUUUGUAAAAUAAACAGGAAGCAUUAUUAAAGUUAAUGGAAAAAGAGAAGGAUCCUUCCUGGGGGUCAUGGUGAUACAUUUGAUUAUUUGUCUCUUAGCCGGUCUUCUAAGUGGGAUUUCAAUGUAAAGUGGCUUUCACUUUGGGUUUUUUUGUUUGUUGGGUUGGGGGUUUUUUUGUUUGUUUUUGUUUGUUUGUUUUUUGUGAAUGAUAUGCACUAGCUAAGGCUUAAAUAUUUCUGAAUUUUACAUGAAAUGUGAAAUGAGUCAUUUUAGUAUCUCUAUUCUGGGUGUCAGAGACCUAACCUGGUAAUUUCUAAAUGAGGUUCCGUAUCUUUCUUUCUUCCCACACCAGCUAGUAAAAAUGCCUGCCCAUGGCAGCUUCGCACAUGGUAAUGGGAAGGGGAGAACUGUUUGAUUACCUUACAAGUGCGACACCCUCUCCCCAUUCAAACUGACUAGCUACCAAGUGAUUUCUCAUUGAUGAUAGAAAUUUUUGUUUAAGAGCAAGUUCAGGUAUAGCAGUCUUUUCUGAGAGAAUUCUGGGCACUGUAGAAAUUUUCAUUCAUAUCUUGCCUACAGUAAUUGCUACUUUACAUUUCAGAUAGGUGGUAUGUUCAAGAAGAAAAAUUGGUUAGAAGGGAAGAUUGGUCAGUGCAGAGGACUGAAUCAGCAUCAGGCUACGAAGUUUCAUUAAAGCAUGGAGGCCUUUACAUCGCAUGUAAAUGCUGCAACAUCUUCUAGAGAAAAUGCCUCCUACGCCUUAGAAAAUUGAGGCCUCUUGAGACGGGGUGGAAGAGAAAAACAGUAGCCUUUGGGACUUGCAUGCAUCAGAGAGUAGGCCUUAGAGUUUCAUACCGAGGAGGAUUGUGGAGUACUGUGAAACAUUGUUGAACUUGAUGCAAAUCAAACUGCACUGGAUUUUUGAUUCCUGGGGGAGGGGGGAAAUGAUGAGGAGGAUGGGACAGUAAUGGUACAAAAUAUAUAAACUUGUUCUAGAUUUUAAACAAGGAAUGAAACAAAUCCCCUAUCGGGAAUUCUCUGUCGGAACUGUGAAGCCCAGUCAAGUUCUCUGCCCUAGUGGACGGGCUUGCCGGCUCCUCUCCAACUUGGAGGGAGUCCUUUCUGAAACAGCUACAAGAUGCUAGUCUGGUUACAGUUUCACCACCCUCCCCCUCCGUCUGCUCAACAGAAGAAAAACAUUCCCGAACGAUAGAAAUGUGUUCUUUCUCAGUCCACUACCUUUUUAUCUGCUCUGGUCUGUGUUCACAGUUUUAGCCCGUUGCGUUGUUUUGUGACCUAAUGGCAGAACUGGAAGGGAUCUGCCAAUUCAGUAAGGAACCAAUGGCCUCUCCUUUAAGAAAUCUGAAAACCAGAACUCUCCAUCUUUGGCAUGUUAGCAUCAUUUGGAAGAGCACUUAGAUUUCCUGGCUCCUCGUCAUUCAGGGUUGGGACCCACUCACGCUCUGGCCCUGAGAAAAGAGAAGGCUGAGGGUUCAAAGAUAGAAAAAUCAAGGUAGCUGAAAUGUGGUUUCCUUCAGAUGGACAUGGUCUGAAAGAAAUCUGUCCACCUGUUCUCUAUGGUGCUUAUAUAUGGUGGGUGAUAGCUGUCCCCCAUCUACCUGUCCCUGGCACUGUGCCUUCCUACUGGUCACUGUGAAUAGCAGAUCACACUGGACUCAGAGGCCAGAACCCAGGACCAUUUCCCCCUUCUCAUCUUGAGCCCAUCACUUCUUCAUACAGCUGAUAAUGUAGCAUUUACGUCUCUUGGGAAAACUCUUGGGUUUGUCCCUCAAGACACGGUAAAGCACUUCAAGGAAAAUAGUCAGAAAAUAAGAUUGUGGUGGUAGCUAUCAAAUAAAGAGACUAUAGGAAAAUUUCUCUUCCCCUCACCUGAUACCGAUAGAUAGCAAGGAUCAACGUGCCCCCUCUUCCUGCAUUUUUAAAGGCUACCAUAGUAUUUUUUAAGCAACAAACUUAGGUAACAUUUUUUCACAACUUGCUAAUCAAAGAUUCGUAUUAAAACAGACAAUCAGUUUCUAAAAUGUUGUUAUCCCUGAAAGGGAAUGAGGUAGAGUUUUAAACUAGAACCACCUACCGGUCUGUUUUUUCCCUUAGAAAAAACAAACAUUUGAGGUUUGUGUCUUUCAUCUGAAGGUAUUACACCAUUACUAAAGAUGCCUCAGAAAAGUCAGUGAGCCGGGUGAGCGCCCUUCCCCCUCUGCGGGUGCUGGCCCUGGUUCGUGCAUCUUAUUUCCUUAGAGAAUAUUUGUUUCUAUUAUGACCUUAAUUAUAAAUACCUAUAUAUAGGAAUAGGAUUUUCUCUCACCCCACCCUCUUUUAAUCAUUAUCACUUACGUGUAAACCGCACCUCCCCUCACCCCCCUUUUACUGAACAAAUGCACUUUAAUUCCUAAGGAGAGUGGCUGUUCCUGGCCCUGAAGCCAGAUUACUUCAGGAGGAGAGUUGAGGAGGGAGAACUCCUGCCAGACCCUGUGAAAUGAACCAAAUUCUUUAAUGUCAACACACAAAUCCUACCCACUUUUAAGUGUCCCCACCCCCUGCCAAAGGGAAGAAAAGAAACAAGGAAAAUGAGGACGUUUUAAAAUGGCUACCCUGAUUGUAGAAGUUUCCCCAGGGGGAAAUACCCAGUAUUAAGUUAUUUUCUCAGCUACCAAAUUGUCAGAAACUUCUAGGUUGUUUUGUGGGAGGCUGAGAUUUCUUUAAGUAAAAACUCAAGUGAAAACAAAGGCUAUAAGAUACGAUUCUGAUUUAUAUUAGAUUUGUUCUCUCCCUUGACAGGUGUUCUCAGUCUCUCCUCCUGUAGAUUCUGUCCUUCCCCUGAUGACAAGCCAAUAGUCCUUGGUGGGGUUGCAUGUCUCCUAGAGCCCCUGAAGCCCUGUCAUGUCGGGGGAGGGGGGAGGGCAGGAGGGCGGGCUGAGACUGGGGUUGGGGGAGGGAGAUUCAGAAAGAGUGAAGAUAUGGGUUUAUAUAAACAUAUUUAAAGCAGUUUAGCAAAAGCUUUCUCGUUGAACAGCUUUAAGAACAAUGUGAAUGAAAUCUUAGCAACUUGGUUAGAAAUUUGAAAAGUCUAUUAAUGUAUACUUGAAAUUCUGUAUAAAAAUACAUUUUCCUCUUUAUUUUAACACUGUGUAAAAGAACAUUAUGCAUGUGAGUGGUUUGAGAAUUAAAUGGUUUAAUACUCAGA